UCCGUGGGCUUAUGUAUAAAUGCCCUCCGGAGCUGAUCCCUGCCAGAGCCCAGAGCCUGCAGACCCACCCAGACCUCCUGCUAAGCCUGCCGCCCAGAGCCCCAUGAAGCUGACGGCCCUGCAGCUGCUGCUGUGGCAUAGCGCACUCUGGAUGGUGCAAGAAGCCACCCCCCUGGGCCCGGCCAGCUCCCUGCCCCAGAGCUUCCUGCUCAAGUGCUUAGAGCAAGUGAGGAAGGUCCAGGCUGAUGGCGCAGCGCUUCAGGAGAGGCUGUGUGCCACCCACAAGCUGUGCCACCCUGAGGAGCUGAUGCUGCUUGGGCACGCUCUGGGCAUCCCCCAGGCUCCCCUGAGCAGCUGCUCCAGCCAGACCCUGCAGCUGAUGGGCUGCCUGCAUCAACUCCACAGCGGCCUCUCCCUCUACCAGCACCUCCUGCAGGCCCUGGCAGGGAUAUCCCCCGAGUUAGCCCCCACCCUGGACAUGCUGCAGCUGGACGUCACCGACUUUGCUAUCAGCAUCUGGCAGCAGAUGGAAGACUUGGGGCUGGCCCCUGCAGUGCCGCCCACCCAGGCCACCAUGCCAACCUUCACCUCGGCCUUCCAGCGCCGGGCAGGAGGCACUCUGGUGGCCUCGAACCUGCGGAGCUUCCUGGAGGUGGCACACCGUGCUCUGCGCCACUUCGCCAAGCCCUGAGAGAAACCCUCCCCAACGAGUGUAUUUAUCAUUAUUUAAUAUUUAUGCUUAUUUAAACCUAAUAUUUAAAGACAAGAAAGAGCAGAAAGGAGCCCUGGUCUCUUGGGUCCUUGCUGCCACCUCUGAGUUUCAUUCUCCUGCUUGUAGCAGGGAGAAAAUCUCCUGUCUUCCUGUCCCCUGGACUGGGAGGUGGAUAGGUAAAUACCACGUAUUGAUUUCUGUGCGUGCUCCCUGGCCUGUGGUGGGCACUGGGAAGAACCCCAGUGAAUCCCUUAGCCCAAGAGUACCCACCUUGAGGCCCUUGGAAGCAUCAGGAAGUCUCCCAAGUGGGAGACAAGACAACCCUGUUUAAUAUUUAAACAGCAGUGUUCCCCCACUGGGUCCUUCCUCGCUCUGGCCUUGCCUGCGUGACUUGUGCCUGCCAAGUGGGCUGGGCCGUGCCUCUCACGUCCCCUUCCCUACAGGCAGUAAGCCCGCAGAGGCAGCCGGAACUGGGAGGCUUGACCCUGGGGUCCCACGAAUUUGCUGGGGAAUCUAUAGUUUUUAAGAUGUUUUCGGGAAUAUUUUGACUUCCAGUAUGGGGAGCCCAGGCAUCGCUGACAUUUCUCACCUUUCUGGAUGCCCUGUAGUGACAAUGACAGGCUCCUGAUGCCUGCCCCACCCUCACCAGGGUCAGGAUUCAGACUCCUCAAGGGCCAGGCAGACAGUCAUGUACUGGCCUUGCUGGAAGGGGGCUGGGAG